AGUAAAAAUAAACUAGAAGAAGGCACACUACUUUAUCCAAGGAGAGUUUGUUGGGAAACAAGCAUAGAACAAAAUGGCAGACAAUACUACAUUGACAUAGAAGAAGCACCUAGUAAUGCAAUAACAAGCUUAUAUAAAAGGCUAAAUCCUAAUUCAAAUACAAAAUUUUCUGGUCCUUUGGUUUUAGGUUGGGGUAACAAAGAAAUAUUGGAAGCUUCACUGAAGGAUAUAGAUUUUCAACCCUUUGCUAUAAAGUUUGGUGAAUAUAAUAGAACAUGUGUUUUGUUUAUUCAACUGUUGAAUGUGAUCAUUGCAAGAUUUCCAUUUACAUGGAUAAUGUUGAAUCGCCAGGAACGUGAAAUGAGAGCAUGGCAUGCAAUGUUGAGGGCUACUGGAUGCACAGAAAUCACACCAGUUUCAAUAGACAAGUUAGAGCAUGAAUUUUGGUCUCAAAGCUCUGAUCCAUCAGUUGAUCAAGAUACCUUGGAGGUUUUAAAUAGCUAUGAUGGUAAAAUAAGAAUAUUAUCAAUAAUUUCAAGCAAACUUCAAUAUGAAGAAAACUCAAGAGAGUUCUCCAAAAUAUUUAAAUUCCCCAGAUUUGAUAACCUAGAUGAUGAUUUUUUGUUAGAAAUAAUUUUUGAAUUAAAAUAUUUCAUAAAGAACUCUAAAAAUUUUGAGCAACAUUGUUUAAUAACAUCAUACUUUGAUGUCUCAUCUAAAACAAUAUCCAAAGCAAGAUUGCAUUCUGAAGUUAAUGAAGAAGCUAAAAGACAAUUUGAAAUUUUUUUUGCUGACAAAAAUAUUGUCAAUUUAAGUUCUUAUAGAGUAAAUGAAAAAACUGGUGAUCCUGUAAAAUAUUUGAAAGAUCAAAAAGGAACAUUGCAGAGAAAAUACUUUGGACUAUAUCCAUCUGGAAUGAAAAGGACAACAUUUUUAACGAUGAGAAUAAAUGAAAAAGAUCAUCAGAAUCAAUUAAUUGCAGAACUUGAAUCCAUCCAACAUCAUUUAAAACAUGAAUAUGAAAAAGAACCCAAAGCAGAUUUCCUAGGACACACUUAUCAUGUUGAAUGUCUUGAGCAUUAUCUUCCAUAUGCUUUUGGACAAUGUUAUGCAAAUGAUUUAGAACAAAUUAUUAAUAACAGAAAUAAGAUUCAAUAUUAUUUGUCACGCCAAGCAAGAAAGACAUACCUUAAUGCUCAAUUUAAUGCUAGCUUGCUUUCUCUUUAUGAGGAGGGUGCAAUCAUUGUAGUUGAUUAUAAAAUGAAGAUUUUACCACGGUCAGCUCAUGAAGCAAAAUCUGAUUUUUAUGGGAAAUCUGGAUGGACUCUACAUUCAAUGUUAGUUUACACCAAACAUAACAAUGAUGGUGGAAAACAUAUGUCCAAUAAAGUAGUUGAAGAAUUGAAAAAAAACAUAGAAGUAGAAGAAAUGUUUCGAUUUGCCAAUAAAACUUCGAAUUAUUUAAAAAAUGUUUCUCGUAAAUAUACAACUGGUGGUGGGAUAAAUGAAGUUGUUAUUAUAUCAGCAGCUAGAACACCUGUUGGUUGUUUUAAUGGUUCAUUGAAGAAAUUAACAGCGCCAGAACUUGGAGCAAUUGCUGUUAAAAGUGUGGUUGAACGUUCUGGUGUUAAGCCUGAUCAGGUUGAAGAAGUGUUUUUUGGUAAUGUGUUACAAGCUAACAUUGGACAAUCACCAGCUCGUUUGCCAACAUCAACUGAAGCUACAACUAUUAAUAAAGUAUGUGCUUCAGGAAUGAAAUCGGUAAUUUUUGCAGCUCAAAGUUUAGCGCUUGGUGAUAGAUCUGUAAUGAUUGCAGGUGGUGUGGAGAGUAUGUCAAAUGUUCCAAAUGUUUUAUAUGGUAAUCAAACAAUGGCAGAUGGAAUAAUCAAAGAUGGUUUAUGGGACGUUUAUAACCAAAUACAAGAACAACAAGAUGGACAUGCUAUUGAGUCUUAUAAACGAGCGGCUGAAGCAUGGAAGAAUGGUGUUUUUAAAGAAGAAAUUGUUCCAGUAACGAUUAAAGACAAGAAAAAAGAAAUAGUUAUUAAUGAAGAUGAAGAAUACAAAAAUGUCAAAUAUGAUAAAAUUCCAACCUUAAAACCUGUAUUUCAACCUGAUGGUACCGUAACAGCUGCCAACUCAUCAUCGUUAAAUGAUGGAGCUAGCGCAUUGCUACUUACUACACGCAAAAAAGCCGACGAAUUAGGUCUUAAGCCUAUUGCCAAAAUCAUAUCAUAUGGAGAUGCAGCAGUUGAUCCAAUAGAUUUUACAAUUGCACCAUCUCAUGCCUUACCAGUUGCUCUGAAAAAAGCCGGAUUAACAAUCUCAGAUAUAAGUUUAUUUGAAUUCAAUGAGGCAUUUAGUGCGGUAAGCAGAGCCAACGAACAAUUAUUGGGAUUGGAUCCAUCAAAAGUAAAUAUAGCAGGUGGAGCAGUAGCUUUAGGACAUGCUCUUGGAUCAUCUGGAUCAAGGAUUUUAGUUACAUUGAUACAUUUAUUGAAGUCUGACCAAUUAGGAGCAGCCGCUAUUUGUAAUGGUGGCGGGGCAGCUUCUUCGAUUGUUAUUCAGAGAUUAUAA